AAAAAAAAUGUAUUAAACUUACCCAAAUAUAUGGCUGCUAUUAAUUUACGACAUCCGACAACGACAUACGACCUAUUGUGGAACGGGCCAUAGUUGAGAGUGCCACCUGCUCGCGUCGCCUGCUACACCCUCUGCAGGUCGUUUCGCUAACUAAUACGCCAGCAUAGCGAAAACUGGAGCGCUGGAGCUUGUAAAAUCUUGCGAAAUCUGCCGGGGACAAGUUUUUCCACGAUUUUCUGCUUGACGAGGACUCCUGCUUUGGAAGUAGCGCGUUUGUCGGUCUCUUCCCGCGAGUAAUUAAUAUGUUCGAGAGAAAAUUGAAGGCGCUGAACUACUUGGAAUGGGAUAAAGUUAAUGCAAACAAUACUCAACAUUUCAGAAAAGUAAUUGUAUGGUUGGAAGAUCAAAAGAUACGUCAGUAUACCAUAGAGGACCGUCAGAAGUUGAGGGACAUUACCUCCUCGGAAUGGCCUAACAUUUUUGAAAAGUAUUGCAAUGAUGUCAAAUGCCCGAUAACUAAAAAUGAAGUUGAUCAGUUAGAAUGGUUCCUACAAUAUGCCAUUUGGCUAGAGUUUGGGGAUGAUUGCCAAAACUAUCAACAAGUCAUAGGAAGUAAGGCAAAAAAUAAAGAACAGGUGAAAGUGCCUAGUAUCAAGUCUACAAAUCCUUUAGAUAGUUUAGAUUUUGAUAGUAACGCUGUUAAAAAUGGAGUUGACUCAAUAGCCAAAUUACUGAAUGUGCCGAAACAUUCUGAUCAUCUCAUAACGUUACAAGCGUGCAGCAAACUUGUGUGUAACAAGUUAAAUGCAGAUGCGAUUAAGCAACCUAACAAUGCCAUGAACGCCAAAGGUAAAUCUCAAGCGAAGAUGAUUAUAGGGCCCAGCUUUAAUAUGGGCGACGCGAUGUUGGAUAAUGCCGCCAAGGGUCUUUCCUUGUUGUACAUUCAAGAUCUCAGAAAUCUCCAAACGAAGAUUAACGAAACGAUAGUCGCUGUGCAAAACGUAACAGCUAAUCCAAAAACAGAUACUAAAUUAGGAAAAGUUGGUAAAUAAAUGGCUGCUCGUUAAUAUUUUAUAUUGUAGAAAGGCAGGUAAUUGAUACCUUGCUUGAAAAAAGACUGUAUCAAAUUAGCAGAAUCUUUAAUACUACGUACACAUCUCAAAGCAAUCUCACACUAAAAAUGUACUAUAAAAUGAGGUAAAUGACAAUUCCUACCUCUUGUCAAAUUUGUGACUUUACAAUGAAAUACAAUGUAAUGUUUCUUUCUCUCUUGUUCAGAAUUAAUAUACAUUAUGCAUAUAUAGAUUUACUAAUAUAACGAAAAGUAGUAGUAUGUGCACAUAAAAACCAUAUUGUUAAUUUAUGCGUAAAUACUGGAGACAUUAAAAUAAUUUCAGUCAUAUAGAAUACACAAAUAUCGAGCAAUAAAUAUAAAUUUAUUUCCGAUUUGUUUAUAAUUCUUGGCAAGCGUAUUAGAUUUUUAUAUUAUGUGAAACUUAUUAAUUAUUCUCCUAUAUUACAAAUGUUCAAAUAAUUUAUAAUUGGACUUAUGAAAAAAUACAUAUUCUUUAAAAGGAUAAAAUAUAUAUUUAUUUAAUAUAUAGAACGUUAAACAUGUAUAAAUUAUUUUAGAUUGUCAAAAUAAAUUUAAUUCUUCGUUAUUAUUUGGUCUUACAUUUUAAACUGAUUUAUAUUUAACAUAUAUCUGUAGCUGUAAUGUGCUUAAGUAGUAACCGAAAUCCUGAGAGCAUAUUCCAAGAAAAAAAGGAACUGUCUCCUGCUACUGAACACUUUAUUGAAAAAAUCUAUUGUGUGUAUACGUUAUUAGUCGUAUAAUUAUUAGAACGUAAUUUUAUGUAACACAGCUAAAUAGAAAACAAAUUACGAAUUAUAGUAAAUCAAUAAAUGAGUUUUUGCAAA